AUGAAGCUCUCGAGCAUUGCCGCGAGCGCCGUGCUCUUCGCCAGCAGCGUGCUGGCGGCUGAGCUGGACCCGAUCAUCAUCAAGGGUUCCAAAUUCUUCUACAAGAGCAAUGACACGCAAUUUUUUAUGCGUGGUGUCGCCUACCAACAGGAGUACUCGGGCCCCAAGUCCUCCUCCAACAGCUUCAAGGACCCCCUCGCGGACGCCGAAGCUUGCAAGCGUGACGUCCCGUAUCUCCAGAAGCUGAACAUGAACACGAUCCGGGUGUACGCCAUCAACCCGGAGGCCGACCACUCGACCUGCAUGAACCUCCUCACCGAGGCGGGCAUCUACGUCGUCGCCGACCUGUCCUCCCCCGGCGAGUCCAUCAUCCGCAACGACCCCAAGUGGGAUGCCGAUCUGUACAAGCGGUACGUGAGUGUGGUCGACGAGAUGUCCAAGUACACCAACACCAUCGGCUUCUUUGCCGGGAACGAGGUCUCCAACCAGAAGAACAACACCGACGCCAGCGCGUUCGUCAAGGCUGCCGUCCGCGACAUGAAGCAGUACAUCAAGGCCAAGAACUACCGUCCCAUGGGAGUCGGGUAUGCGACCAACGACGACUCCGACAUCCGCGAGAACAUGGCCAACUUCUUCAACUGCAACAACAAGGACGAGAGCAUCGACUUCUGGGGCUACAACGUCUACUCCUGGUGCGGUGACUCCAACUACCAGAAAUCCGGCUAUGCCAGCCGCACCGACGAGUUCCGCGACUACUCAGUGCCGGUGUUCUUUGCCGAGUACGGGUGCAACGCGGUUGAGCCUCGCAAGUUCACCGAGGUCGAGGCCCUGUACGGCGACAAGAUGGCCGAGGUGUGGUCCGGCGGCAUCGUCUACAUGUAUUUCCAGGAGGCCAACAACUACGGUCUGGUCUCCGUCGACGGAGACAAGGUCAAGACCCGCGAGGACUACAGCUACCUCUCGAAGCAGCUGGCCAAGGCGACGCCGACGGGCGUGAAGAAGAGCGAGUACAAGCCGACGAACAGCGCGCUCGCGUCGUGCCCCAAGGUCAACAACAACUGGAUGGCGACGUCCAGCCCGCUGCCGCCGUCGCCGAACCAGGACCUCUGCACGUGCAUGGAGAAGAGCCUGAGCUGCAAGCUGAAGGGCAACGUGUCGGGCAAGAAGCUGGACGAGCUGUUCGGCACCGUGUGCGGCUACGACGUGUGCGACGGCAUCAGCGCCAACGCUACCUCUGGCGAGUACGGCGCCUACAGCGUGUGCAGCCCCGAGCAGAAGCUGUCGUUUGCCAUGGACCUGUACUACCAGCAGCAGAGCAAGAAGGGCAACGCCCAGGACGCCUGCGACUUUGACGGCGCCGCCUCCAAGCAGUCUUCGUCCGACUCGGAGGGCCAAUGCUCCUCGCUCCUCAAGCAGGCGGGCGCCUCGGGCACCGGCACCGUGCAGGCCUCGCCGACUGCUGCUGAUGGCUCCGUCGCCAGUGCCUCCGCCUCGGGCUCGGAGGGCGCUGCGCCGAUGGUCGCUCCUGGUAGUGUGAACGUCGGUUAUGUGCAGCUCGGUGCGUACGUGGUUACCGCUGUGGCUGCCGGCGCCAGCAUGAUCCUUUUGUAA